CCUCAUAACAACCCAAACUAAUUAAGCAAUUAGAGCUUUUAAGAAAAAUAAUUUUUUUUUUUUUAAAAAAAAGCCCUGAAAAACAAACCUAAGAAAAAUGGAGAACACAAAUAAUGAAAAUUAUGAGAAAAUUGAUUUCUUACAAGCUCAAGAAGAGGUGUGCAAACACCUCUUUGCCUACGCAGAUAGCCUUGUGCUUAGAUCUGCCAUUGAGCUCCGCAUUGCGGAUAUCAUACACUCCAAUGGCCAACCUAUGAGCUUGUCCGAACUCGCCUCGAAACUCGAGGCACCCUCCCCAAACCUCUCAUCUCUUGCACGCAUCAUGCGUGUGUUAGCCCGAAAGAAAAUCUUCACGGUUAAUUAUGAGAAAUUGUCUUUGUCGCCGGGUGAUGAUGAACCCGGCGUAGCCUUGUAUGGACUAACCCCAACCUCAAAGUGCCUCUUGCAUGAUCAAGAGUUAAGCUUUGCCCCUAUUUUUCUAACCUUCACCCACCCUGUGAUGGUGGAUGGAUGGUUCGAAAUAGGCCGUUCGAUUAAGGAGGGAGGAACGCCUUUCGAGUUGGCUCAUGGUGCACCAUUAUGGGAGAUGACAUCUAAGGAUGCCAAUGUUAAUAAGUUGUUUAUUGCCGGCAUGACCGCGGCUUCUAAUACAUCCUUAGAUGCCAUCAUAAGUGAGUAUAAGGAUGGGUUUAAUGGGAUGGAAGGUACACUUGUUGAUGUUGGGGGUAAUGUUGGAAAGGUGGUGUCUUCCAUUGUUAAGGCAUACCCUCAUAUUAAAGGUAUAAAUUUUGAUCUUCCUCCUACUAUUGCAAAUGCUCCUCAAUACCCUGGAGUUACUCAUGUUGGAGGAGAUAUGUUUAAGGAGAUUCCUUCUGCUGAUAAUGUUAUCAUCAAGUCCGUUUUACAUGAUUGGGGCGACGAGGAAGCAUUGCUCAUCCUAAAGAAGUGUCAAGAAGCAGUUGCUGAAAAGAAAGGAAAGGUGAUCAUUGUGGACAUGGUUCUUCAUCCCGAUCGCCACGCGAUGUUCGACGAUGCAUCCAUAGCCCUUGAUCUCUUGAUGAUGGUGACUUUUAGUGCUAAAGAGAGGACUGAAGAUGAAUGGAAGAAAUUGUUGAAUGAAGCAGGAUUUACUCAUAUUAACUUCAUACCACUUCAUACCUCAAUGUCAUUCUCAAUAAUUGAGGUUUUUAAUUAAAUCAUCUCCAGAGAUUUUAUUGCAUUGAAGCAAACCAUGCGUUAUUGAUUGAAAAUAAAGAAUGCCAAAGUUUAUGUAUUCUAAUAAGUUUAAGUCAACAUUGCGUUACAUGGACGGUGCCUUAUGUUAUUACAAAGUAUAAUAUUAAAAAAUUGUAAGUUGUGUGAUAAGGAGUAAUAUAUUGUGUGGAAAUUGAAAUACGAUUUGUCUCGUUAGAGUAUGGAGCGGAGCGUUGACUUUCUUUCAUUUUGGCUAUGGAAAGUGAUGUUACAUGUGUUACUGUGUAAUAUGCCAUUCGAUUUAGUCAUCAUAUUCAAACUGUAAUGAACAUUACUUCUCGAGUA